AUGUUCCGAAGUCGAAGGAGCUCGAAGCUUGGAGAGUGAAAAGUAGGGGACCAAAGAGUUGCGGAAGAAGACGAACAGAGUUGAGAGCGAGAAGAUGAAGAAGGCGCAGUUGGAGUUGCCAGCGGGGUUCAGGUUCCACCCCACGGACGAGGAGUUGGUGAGCCAUUACUUGAUUCGCCAGUGCUCUUCUCUCCCCAUCUCCGCCCCCGUCAUUGCGGAGAUCGAUCUCUACAAGUUCAACCCCUGGGACCUUCCUGAAAUGGCUCUGUACGGCGAAAAAGAAUGGUACUUCUUUUCUCCAAGGGACCGCAAGUACCCCAACGGGUCACGGCCGAACCGGGUAGCCGGAACUGGGUUUUGGAAGGCGACUGGAGCUGAUAAGCCGAUCGGCCACCCAAAGACGCUAGGCAUAAAAAAGGCGCUAGUGUUUAAUGCCGGGAAAGCUCCUAAAGGAGUGAAGACCAAUUGGAUCAUGCACGAGUACCGUCUCGCCAAUGUCGAUCGAUCCGCGGCCAAAAAGAAGAACUCGAGGCUUGAUGACUGGGUUCUUUGCCGGAUAUACAACAAGAAGGGCACCAUAGAGAAGCAUUUCCCUUCCACGCUCAGUAAACCUGCAGAAUUCCCCGAAACGGAGAUCAAGCCGCAGAUUGUUAUGCCAGGGGCGCUGAACCUGUACACAACUCCGCAGUACGGGCAUUCGCCAAUGACUACGGAUCACGUGUACAUGGACUCAUCGGAGUCGGUGCCGAGGCUGCACACGGAUUCUAGCUGCUCAGAGCACGUGGUGUCCCCGGAUUUGGCGUGCAAGAAGGAAUUGCAGAGCGAUGCGAAGUGGGAAGAUUGGGAGAAGGCCCUCGAUUUCCAGUUCGAAUCGAUGGAUGACUUCUUGGACGAAGCGUUCGCGCUGUUAAAGAAGCUGACUUGA